AUGAUAAAUUCAAAAGAUUUAACUACUCUUUUGAGUUUAUUGUCAGAGGAUGAAAAACCUCUCGAAACUAUAGCAACAACAUUUUAUAGAACGUUUAGCAAAAAUGAUCAUUUUAAAGUUGGUUGUGCAAUAUACACAAUGGUCAAAGAUGGUUUUAUAAAAAUUCAAACACACAGAAUUAUUGGAUUUUACAUAUUAUUUAGUUUAUAUAAACCUGAAAACUCAAUUCUAUCAUCAGGUUCGUUAUCAUCAUCUUCAAUUUUAUCUACAACAGAAAUCGAUAAAUCAUCUUCAGGUCAAAUAUCAUCAACAUCAACAACCCCAACAACAGCAUCAACAUCAAGCACAUCAUCUUCAAAUCAAGCAAAUUCCACUCCAUCUCCAAACCAAGAUGAAAAUUCAAUUUUAGAUUAUCCAAUCAUAUUCAAUCCAUUUUUACCAGUUUUUAUUGACGAAAUUGAAAAGCAAUUCGAUGAAUUAUCACCAUGCUUUAAUCCAAUAGAAAAGAGUAUAUUAGCAUCAUUUUUAACAAAUUUACCAAAAGAUUUUUCAAAAAAAACACCAAAAGAAAUUAUAAAUAUAACCAAAAGCACAUUAGUAUCACCAUCUACAACAUCAAUAGCAGCCAAUACAUUUACAAAAUCAACAUUAAAAGAAUAUAAAAAUUUCUAUUUAGAAAGAUUAGUAAACCAUUGUUAUCCGUCUUUCAGGAGUAUUGGUGUGUCACAAAAUUUAAUACCCACAGAUAUAAAUAAUAAUAAUAAUAAUAAUAAUAAUAAUAAUAAUAAUAAUAAUAAUAAUAAUAAUAACAAUAAUAUAAUAUCAAAUAACACCCCUUUAAAUAACAAUGUAAUAGCGAGCUCACCAUCAACAACUAAUAAUAUAGCAACUACAGGUAAUCUUAAAGACAUUGAGGUCAACAGUGAUCAAUUAAGUUUCUUUUCAUUUGAACCUCAAUUCAAAAGAGUUACUCCACCAAUUUUUAGUCCAGUUACUACCAUUUGGAUAAAUUCAUCAAUAAAUCAUGGUUUAUUAUUAUCAAAUCCAACUAUGGCCACUUCCCCAACAAUCAAUUCAAAAAAAAUUGUUAGAGAUUUAAUGACAAGGGCGAUCAAAUGUAGAUUAAAAAAAAACCAACUUUUACAAAUUAAACAAGAAAUGGACUCUGAUCCAAAAUUGGUACUCUAUUCAGGAUUAACACCAAAGAAACUACCAAAUUUAGUUGAAAACAAUACCAAUGUCGCAAUUGAUGCAUUAUUAAAGUUAAUUCAUUCACCAGAUUUCAAAGAUUAUUUCCAAAUAUUAAUAUCGAUGGAAAUGAACUUCCGUUCAAUGGAGGUGGUAAAUGCAUUGGCUACAUCUGUAGAGCUACCCAGCCAUUUCAUUCCCAUGUAUAUAACAAACUGCAUCAAUACUUGUAACAAUAUCAAGGAAGAUAAAGCAAUGCAACAACGUAGUGUCCGUUUAGUUUGUGUUUUCAUUCAAUCAUUAAUUAGGAAUAAUAUUAUAGAUAUCAAAGAUUUAUUUUCUGAAGUUCAAUCCUUUUGUUUAGAAUUUUCAAAAAUACGUGAAGCAAUCAAUUUAUUUAAGUUUAUAAACGAAUCAUCAAAUAGUGCCAAAUAA